ACAGUUCCACACUUGUUUUGUCCAUAAAAUUGUGAUAAUACUUUUUUUUCAGAUUUUGACGAUUGGGAUCUCAUGAAUGAAAAUGAAACUAUGUACGAUGGAUUUAACCCAGAGGAAGUGGAGAAACUAAGAGCCCGAAAACGGACUAAAGCUCCGACUACCACCACCACACAACCACCCCCACGGUACACGACACCGUUGGUUCUGUUAGUGAUUGACGGAUUGGAUUUAGAGUCCGAGGAAAGCGAUCAGAAAACCACGCCUCGUUUGACUACAGUGACUCCUAGCACAACAAUAAGUACAAGUUCUAUUCCUGGGAUUACAACUCCACCAGUUACAGAUGGAUCAGGUGGUGAGGAUGAUGAAAGAGCAGGUCCAGGUGACGACGGAGAAGGAAUACAACCGAUCACCGACGAACCUGACUACGAUUCUGAAGAAAAAAAAGAUGAUCCUUGCAAUUACGAGAAGUAUCCUCACCCACUUCCAAAUAUCAUUAGAACUAACAGAAGAGUCAGUGCCAUAAAAUGCGAGGAAUACAUGUGGCGUUACAAGAUCGAGGAGAUCGAUCGAGAAAGAAAUCGGUUAAAAUGCAAGGAAAAUUCGCCUGAUGACACUUCGGAAAUUUUUGGAGGAGCAAAAGCCUUGCAGGGUGACUUUCCGCAUAUGGGAGCUGUUGGCUGGGUAACAUUAGAUGGGGGCAUGAAGUGGAUGUGCGGUAGCACCCUGAUCAGUCCAAUGUUUACCCUAACCGCUGCACACUGCAGGCUGGCUUCCAGAAGGAUGCCUCUGAAGUAUUUUGAUCCCAAAAUGGUUAGGUUCGGCAGCGUUUUCUUAUAUGACACUAACAGAACUAGAUACAAGGAUGUAAAAAUAAAGGAAUUUUUGGUGAUGGACGAGUAUCGAAAGAAUCCGCUUCAGAAGUACAAUGAUAUAGGGCUGAUAAGAUUGGAGGAGGAAGUUAAAAUGACCUUGACCAUUCGACCUGCUUGUCUGUGGAGCGGAUAUUUGGUUGGUGAGGUGGCCAACAUUACUGGAUGGGGCAAAGUAACCACUAACGAAGAUUCGGCAUCGAAAUAUCUCAGAUAUGCCGAGGUGGAUGUCUACGGUGUAGAAACUUGCAAGAAGUACGUUCGAGGCCGAAACAAUAGAAAAUGGCCGAAGGGUCUGGUGGAGCAUCAGUUUUGCGCCGGAAAACUAGAGGGAGGCAUCGAUGCCUGUCAGGGCGAUUCCGGAGGUCCACUGCAGAUCAGACAACCCAUGCCUAUGGACAAUACCCACAUUUUCCACUACGUCGCCGGGAUCACCAGUUUCGGCAUCAAAUGCGGGAUACCAAACCUGCCUGGCGUGUACACCAAUGUUUCCCAUCAUAGCUUCAUGUGCUGGAUCGAGAAGACCGUGUGGCCUGAAGAGAAAAACGACUUUUGCUAAGUUUAACCGACAGAAAAAGGGAGGUCAUGUACAGACGACCGCACAUCAAGGUAAUCAAUCAAUUUGAAGUCUUAAGCAGUUGUAAUUGGAGCGAAUUUCCACAAACAAUAAUCUAUCUGAUGUGCUGUAGUCUUGUGAAAUUUCGCAAAAAUAAAAUAAGUAUGUCUAAAUGCUGCUGAAAAGAUCUAUGUUAAUAAAAUAAAUAUAAACUGUAAUGGGAAUAAAAACAUUUUAAAAGCGUGAA